GGAUAGGAAUUAAUACAUUAGUUAAAACAUAUUAUCCCAAUUAACUGACUCAAAUAUAGGUUAAAUUUUAGUAACUAUUGUACAAUACCUAACAGAAGAGCCGAAUGAUGAAAAGAAAUCCGUCAACUAUAACGGAUAGAAAUAGAAAAAUGGCAUAACUAUCGGUAACAAGUUAAAAACAUAUGUUGUUCGCUGUAUAUCGUCGAUUCUAUACUGUGGUUACCUAUAUCAUGUUACCUCUUAUUAAUCUAUUGGUUUCGCAAAUUUUUGUAUAAGUAUCGGAGUUGGGAAGCACAAAAUUCUUCCAUCUUUUUCUGCUGUCAGUUAGGCAUCCACCACCGUCAACUCAAUGUUUGCUAAAGCUGUUAUGACAACUAUGCUUUCCAUAUACAGUCAUGGCAGGCAGGGCCAGUUAUAGUUAUAGUUUCCUUCAUAAUCGCGUUCUUAUUAUCUACAUUCUUUACGAACUCGUCUAUUUGAAUUCCUUUUCGUAACCUACCUAACCUAGGUACAUAACCAUGGGAUCCCACGAAGAGCUCCUCUCUUGGGCUAUAGAGAAAGGCGUUAAGCUUAAUGCCAUCGAGCCUAAACGUAUCCCCGAUAGGGGUAUCGGUAUAGUGGCAACUCGAGCGAUUAAGCCCGAAGAGAUCGUCCUUGAUGUUCCUACAUCUUGCAUCCGUAGCAUAGACACGGUUCACAAGCCCAUCAUCCGCCAUCUCCCAAAGGCCAUCUCUAUCCAUGGCCUUCUAGCUGCUGAUCUGGCUCUGGAUGGAUCUUCCAAGUACGCUAUCUGGAACGCAGUGUGUCCGACCCCCGAAGACUUCGCUGGCAUGCCGCUAGUUUGGCCAGAGGGACUCCGUGCUUUACUACCCCCAGCGGCACGAGACCUGCUGUUGAAGCAAGAAGCUAAACUCAAGCUCGACUGGGCUACCGUCUCGGCAGCAUUCCCCGAGCAGCUAGACGAAGCGAGGUACAGGUAUGCGUGGAUGUUGGUCAAUACACGAACCUUUUAUUAUAUCAAUACCAAGCUGAAGAAGAGACCCAAAGACGACCACAUGUGCCUACAACCCGUUGCGGACCUGUUCAAUCACACGGACGACGGGGGUUGUAACGUAGCGUUUGAUGAUGAGGGGUUCUCUAUUAAGGCCACACGCGCAUAUGCUCAGGGAGAUGAGGUCAAGAUUUGCUAUGGCAGACAUAGUGGAGAUUUCCUACUUGUCGAAUACGGGUUCGUCAUGGAUGAGAAUCGAUGGGACGAGAUUUUACUCGACGAAGUGCUGCUCUCGAGACUAAGCGAACGACAAAAGGAAAGGUUAGAAGAAGUCGGAUUUCUAGGGAAAUAUAUCUUGGACCGGGAGACUGUAUGCCAUAGGACACAGGUCGCGGCAAGGUUGCUAUGCUGUGGAGUUAGGGAAUGGAAGAGGUUCGUGGAUGGGAUCGACGACGGGGAGCGUAGUCAGCAGAACGUAGAUCGUUUGGUCUUGGAGCUGCUGAGGGAACAAAGAAAUAUUGCUGAAAAGAAGAUAUCCGAGGCGCAGUCACUAGAUGUUGGCGAGCCGCAGCAAAAGGAGAUUCUAAUCAAGAGGUGGAAGCAGAUCCAAGACCUGGUCGACACGAAUAUUGCGCGUCUUGAAGAGUAGAAGUCUACUAGUAACCA